CAAAAGGAAAGUUGGACUUUAGCCUAACUAAUCUCUGAGUUUGGAUGCUUAGACUUCAGAAUUUCCUUUGGAGAUGGAGUGCGUCGGUGUAUUUCAGUCGUAAAAGAAGGUGAAUUCUUGCUGUUAUUCUGGUAAAGAAAGCAAAGUCUGACUAAUAGUCUUUUUGUCUAGUCUCUCUGGACUGCAAAAAUACAGAUUCAAGAAGCAAUGAACAACAAUGAUGAAGCCGUAGACAACCGAAAAGGGUUUUCGGUUUGGGAAUUCGUGAAAGCCUCGUAGCCCCAUAAGUACGGGAUGAUUGGUUUGAUUUCUCAAGAUCUUUACAGCCUUGUUUGUUUUCUCUCAACGUCCUCUCCUUUUUCGUGUUCUCCAUGUGGGCAGCAUCACAUGUUGUUUCCUCUUUAACCCAAUUGCUCCACUGUGUUUAAUCCUUUUCUGUUCAAUCGCUCACCUAUUCGGUUUCCUCCUUCUCUUUCCUCCGAUUCGUCUUCUUGGUGGAUCUCUCUUUAAUUGUUUCGUCUCUUCUUUUAAUUGGGUACUUCGCCGUUUCCGUUUUUUUAGCGAGGAUCUCUGUUUUCUUAUUUUAGAUUUAAUCUUCUGCUUGUCGGCUACUUUGGUCUUCUUCUGGGUAUUACCGAACCAUUCCACUGCCAACCCUCUUUGGGUUUGUACUCUUCUUAAACCAUCAUAGGUUUUUUUGUUGCUGUUCUUCAAUUUUCUUUCUGAAGUUCGAAUCAAGAAAAUGUCUGAAGGCUUUGCAGUUGAACUUUACUUCGACCCUGCACUAGAAAACCAGGUCUUGAAGGCUUGGAAUGUCUUGGCACGGCGCCAGAUCAGCACCCAGCUUAUUGAGAUGGAAUCUCGGCCACACAUCACCCUCCUCUCCAGUCCUCUUCUCGAUGCUCCUAAACUAGAAAGCAUCGUAAGGAACUUUGCUUCGAAGCAAGAACCUCUGUCUCUCUCUUUCUCUACCAUUGGAAGCUUCCCAAAUGGGGGCAGCGUUCUCUUUCUUGGCCCGACUCCUUCACUGGCACUCCUUCAAUUCCACUCGCAAUUAUGUGAUGCACUGAGAAGGGAAAACGUGGAAAUCGGUGAGGAGUAUUGCCCGGACUCCUGGGUCCCUUACUGCUCGGUUGCGCAAGAAGUUCCCAAGAACCGGAUGGCUGAGGCUUUCAGUGUACUGCGAGAUUUGAAAUUGCCCGUUACUGGGUAUGCAAUGGAUAUCGGCUUGGUAGAGUUUUCCCCUGUUCGUGAGCUCUUCUCAUACGCUCUUGGGAGUGUACCUGAAGCAUGAGGUUGCAUGCCGAAAACAUUACAGUCAAUCUGCACAAAGAAUUGCUGGGAUUGGGAGAAGUGGCUUUAGCUGACACUUUUGAUCUUGGGAUUCUUUUUCAACUUUGGCUUCCUUGAAUUACUGAAGUUUGGAUGAUGGUAAAACAGUGGACAUAAGUACAACGUAAGAUGGUAGAGAAGUAAUAGCUUUCUUGUGGAGAUUUAAUCGAUUUAGUUUCUUGAUUUGCUUAGGUUACAACAAUUGGGCCAAAGAGAACUAUGGAUUUACUGUUGAAAAUUUCAGUCUAGAGUAGAGAUGUAGAUUCUUUUAGAUUUAAAGAGAACUUUUCAUUUGAAUAUGAAAUAGAUGUAACUUUGCUAAUCUUGCUCACUUCUUUUUACUCUUUUGGGUAUGUAUUUGUUUUGGAGUACGAUUAUCACAGUUUGUUGUUCAGUAACUUAAAAACAUGAUCAUUUAAUUUUCUC